AUGUCGACCGUAUCGCCAGAAACAACAAACGCGGACGUAAUCUCGCCUCCAAAAUACACAGCAAACGCUGAAUUACCCCAAGACGAGAAAAUCGCAAUUGAACAGCCAAAAGUCGACGACGAGAACCUCCCCGAAGUCGUCACCAGCCCAGCGCAAAUGAGUCCUCCCCCCGCAAGCGAAUAUCGUCCCGUCUCGACUGUUUCUCCCGCGCCCGAAAGUACAUUGAACUGGGACGCUACACAAUCGCCACCGAUCCUACAGCACCCUGCUCUUGCGCAGCAGCAGUACGCGGGGCAUCAGUCCAUGGCCAUUCCAGCGCAACAGGUUCCCCCGGGAGAAACUGUCACGCCGUUGCAUUUGCUGGCUGACCAGGCUGAUAUGAUGGAUUGUCCGUUUUGUCAGCGUCGCGCCGAGACAAAGGUUAAGAAGUCUGCUUCUUCAAUGACACAUAUCUACGCAACCGCUCUUUUCUUCACGACUCUUUUUGGUGUUAUUUUCCCGUACGCAUGUCAUUGCGCGCCAAACAUUAGCCAUUUCUGCAAGAACUGCGGUCGCAAAGUCGCCUUCAAGGAGCGCGGUGGCGAAAUGGAGGCACUCGGUACGCCAGAUCAUUUGAGAGAGGUUUCAAAGUAUCCAGCUGCUCCGCCCAAGCAGAAAUGA